GAGGCGAAGCGGGAGGAAGCAGUGCGCACUCACGCGUGCGCGAGCUGGCGCGCGAGAAAGGGCCCGGUAGCGUCGAGGCUCGAGCGGCCGUCGCCAUUUUGUAGGGUUCGCUCUGACGCGGGAGCCGCUGCCGCCGCCGCCACCCGGAGGCUCUUGUCAGGAUGGUGAAGCUGUUCAUCGGAAACCUGCCCCGGGAGGCCACAGAGCAGGAGAUCCGCUCUCUUUUCGAGCAGUAUGGGAAGGUGCUGGAAUGUGACAUCAUUAAGAACUACGGCUUUGUGCACAUAGAAGACAAGACAGCAGCCGAGGAUGCCAUACGCAACCUGCACCAUUACAAGCUUCAUGGGGUGAACAUCAACGUGGAAGCCAGCAAGAAUAAGAGCAAAGCUUCAACCAAGUUACACGUGGGUAACAUCAGCCCCACUUGUACCAACCAAGAGCUUCGAGCCAAGUUCGAAGAGUAUGGUCCGGUCAUCGAAUGUGACAUCGUGAAAGAUUAUGCCUUCGUACACAUGGAGCGGGCAGAGGAUGCAGUGGAGGCCAUCAGGGGCCUUGACAACACAGAGUUUCAAGGCAAAAGAAUGCAUGUGCAGUUGUCCACAAGCCGGCUUCGGACUGCCCCUGGGAUGGGAGACCAGAGUGGCUGCUAUCGAUGUGGGAAAGAAGGGCACUGGUCCAAAGAGUGUCCAGUAGAUCGUACAGGUCGUGUGGCAGACUUUACUGAACAGUAUAAUGAACAGUAUGGUGCAGUUCGCACACCUUACACCAUGGGCUAUGGGGAAUCCAUGUAUUACAACGAUGCAUAUGGAGCACUCGACUACUAUAAGCGAUACCGGGUACGCUCUUAUGAGGCAGUAGCAGCAGCGGCAGCAGCUUCUGCAUACAACUACGCAGAGCAGACCAUGUCCCAUCUGCCUCAAGUCCAAAGUACAACUGUGACCAGCCACCUCAACUCUACUUCUGUUGAUCCCUACGACAGACACCUACUGCCAAACUCUGGCGCUGCUGCCACUUCAGCUGCUAUGGCUGCUGCUGCAGCCACCACUUCCUCCUAUUAUGGAAGGGACAGGAGCCCACUGCGUCGUGCUGCAGCCAUGCUCCCCACAGUUGGAGAGGGCUACGGUUAUGGGCCAGAGAGUGAGUUAUCUCAGGCUUCAGCAGCUACACGGAAUUCUCUGUAUGACAUGGCCCGGUAUGAACGGGAGCAGUAUGUCGACCGAGCCCGGUACUCAGCCUUUUAAAAACUAGAGGUGUGAACCUCAAAUGGACUGAAUAACCCUGAGUUGGUUGCAGUCCCAGGAGCCUGAUGUUAAUGAGGCUGCCAGGAUGAAAUACUCCAGAACUGUUGGGGAUCCAAAUUCGGGUCUCACCCUAGCAGAACUGAUCCAAGAACGUCACAACUUUUGAAGUCGAUUGGCACAGAUCAAGACCAAGAUUUGGCCCUUUGUCUGUAAUAAGUAGAGGAACUUGGUGUGAGUUAACUUUUUUUUUCCCCCAGCCAUUGGUGUCUGGAGUUCCCAUCAUCAGUAGAAGAAUUAGAGAAUUCUAGGAGUGAUUUCUUCUUUUGAUUUGGCAAGGGAGAUUUGGUCAAUUAGGGAAACUACUGGAACUAUGGCUCUAACUCUGUGAGUGUGAUGACAUGUAGGUGUGGUGGAACUGGGUGAAUGACUGGCUGGCUGUUCCUUGAUACCCUACCCUUGUGACCAUCAUUUGUGAAAGCUUGUUUACUGUGAAAGAUUAAAACAAAACAUUUAGGAUAGUGCAAUUGGCCACAUAAGACAUCUCAGCAUCUUCUGCUUUUCCUGGACCCCAAAAUUAAAUUGCAGUUCUUGAUAAUGUUUAUAUGCCCUUUGUUGCAGCAACAGUAGACUUCUGUCACAGGGGUUAUCUUGCCUAAAAGGUGGAUAAGAAAGGUUUACAACCAACACAUUCUUCAGCUAGAUUGCAUCUUGUCCUAUAUAUGUACCCAUAAGUAGAUUCCUAUAUAUAGCUAUUAGACUCCUAGGUAAUUAUAUGGGAUGUGAGUUAGAUCCAGUCUGACUUGGUUUUGUUUUCUUCUUUGUCCCCCCUCUCCCCCAAUACAGGACGGGAUCCAGGGCCCUUGUACUCGGAGCCAGGCUGCUCUCCAGGCAUUGUGUAAGCCUCUUGUGUUGUGCUCUCUUUCAGGUAGGAUAAUUGCGGACUGAACCCUCGGGCUGCGGUCAUAUAUGAGAACUUGCUCCGCGCGGUCCCCUUUGCCGGGAUGUUUCCAUUGCUUCAUGUUUCAGUAAACAAAAGGAGUUUGUGACCAACUAUGUUUUCUUUCUUAAUUCUUCUAAGUUGACUUUUCUUUCCUCCUGAUACUAGUCUCUGUAGCUUUUCACUCUGUUCCUUAUAUUCUCAGGCUCUGAGCAGCCCUAGGUAAGGAUUAUGCUGGCAUCCCCUUUUUCCUGUGCAGUGGAACCUCUUAUCUUGCUUUCCCUAGGAGUUGAAUCCUUCUCCCUGCCUACCUGCAGCAUUUCCUUUCCCUUUAAAAUGACCAUGUAGUGACAAGCAGCCUUUUACUCUCCUCUGUUAGCUCUGGACUCUAACAUUGAAGUUAAAUCUUCUGAAAUUGGCAGGACCAUUGGGGGUUUUGUUGUUUUGUUUUGUUUUGUUUUCUAUGUCUGACCUGUGAUCGUGGUACAGCAUUAGCUGAAAUUUAGCCUUGUUUUACUCCACUCCUCCCCUUUUUUAAAAUUUUUUGACAAAUAAACGUUUCUAACACUUAA